UUUGGGUUGGAAACCGACUGGGUGCAACCGGGAGCCUCAAACUUGCCAAAACUAAGGAUUCUUUUUCUCUUUUUUUUUGUUUUUUGUUUCUUUUUUAUUAUUCUUUUUCUUUUUGUAAUUCUUCUUCUGAGAGGCAGAGAGAGCAAGGGGGGGAAAAAGCCACCCCAUUUUUUUUCCUCCCCCCCACCCCACUUUGACUACCCACAGCAGCACCCGAGCUGGGCUGGAGCACGUCUCUGAGAGCAGAUUGCAACUUUGCAGGCGCCUGUGACCCAUCUCAGUUGUCUCUUCUCCUCCUCCUGUGAGCUGCUGUUAACAAAUCCAACUCUUGCAAACUUUUUCCCCGCUGGGCUGCUUUCCCUUCCCGCCCCCCUCCUCUCCAGCUCUGCCUCGCUUUCUCCCUCCUUUCUCCCCCAGCCCGACCCCGGCAGGCUUCCCGCUGGUUUGCAAAGACUUUGCCCCUUAUUAUUACUACUAUUUUGUCAUCCCGCCUCCCCCCUCCCCUCUCCCCACCCUUUGGUUUUCAUCCUGCCCCCACUCUGCCACCUUCUCGCAUGAAUCUCCUAGACCCCUUCAUGAAAAUGACAGAAGAGCAGGAGAAAUGCAUCUCUGGCGCCCCCAGCCCCACUAUGUCGGAUGACUCUGCAGGCUCUCCCUGCCCCUCUGGCUCCGGAUCGGACACGGAGAACACCCGGCCCCAAGAAAACACCUUCCCCAAGGGGGACCCGGACCUCAAGAAAGACAGCGACGAGGACAAGUUCCCCGUUUGCAUCAGGGAGGCUGUCAGCCAGGUCCUCAAGGGCUACGACUGGACCCUGGUCCCCAUGCCGGUCCGGGUGAACGGAUCCAGCAAGAACAAGCCGCACGUGAAGAGACCCAUGAACGCCUUCAUGGUGUGGGCUCAGGCUGCCCGGAGAAAGCUGGCUGACCAGUACCCCCAUCUGCACAAUGCCGAGCUGAGCAAAACCCUGGGCAAGCUCUGGAGGCUGCUGAACGAAAGCGAGAAGCGCCCGUUCGUGGAGGAAGCCGAGCGGCUGCGGGUGCAGCACAAGAAGGACCACCCUGACUACAAGUACCAGCCCCGGAGGAGAAAGUCGGUGAAGAACGGGCAGUCGGAGCAGGAGGAGGGCUCGGAGCAAACCCACAUCUCCCCCAAUGCCAUCUUCAAGGCCCUGCAGGCGGACUCCCCGCAGUCCUCUUCCAGCAUGAGCGAGGUGCACUCCCCCGGGGAGCACUCUGGGCAGUCCCAAGGCCCCCCGACACCGCCCACGACCCCCAAAACAGACGUCCAGCCUGGCAAGCAAGACCUGAAGCGAGAAGGCCGCCCCCUGCAAGAGGGAGGGCGGCAGCCGCCCCACAUUGACUUUCGAGAUGUGGACAUCGGGGAGCUCAGCAGUGACGUCAUCUCCAACAUCGAGACCUUCGACGUCAACGAGUUCGACCAGUACCUCCCACCCAACGGGCACCCUGGAGUCCCGGCUACUCAUGGGCAGCCUGGCCAGGUGACCUACACGGGCAGCUACGGGAUCAGCAGCACCGCCGCCACCCCAGCCGGGGCUGGGCACGUGUGGAUGUCCAAGCAGCAGCCGCCGCAGCAGCCGCAGCCGCCGCAGCCGCCGCCACAGGCUCAGCCCCAAGCGGCGCACACGAUGACCCCCCUGAGCAGCGAGCAGGGGCAGUCCCAGCAGCGGCCGCACAUCAAGACGGAGCAGCUGAGCCCCAGCCAUUACAGCGAGCAGCAGCAGCAUUCGCCGCAGCAGAUCAACUACAGCUCCUUCAACCUCCAGCACUACAGUUCGUCCUACCCGACCAUCACCCGCUCGCAGUAUGACUACACAGACCACCAGAGCUCCAACUCCUACUACAGCCACGCCGCCGGCCAGAGCACCAGCCUCUACUCCACCUUCACCUACAUGAACCCCACCCAGAGGCCGAUGUACACCCCCAUUGCAGACACUUCUGGGGUCCCCUCCAUCCCCCAGACCCACAGCCCACAGCACUGGGAACAGCCCGUCUACACACAGCUCACUAGGCCAUAGAGGCAAAGAACAACCUACAGACAAAAAAAAACACAAAAAAACUUCCGCGGACUUGUCCUCUUUAAACCAAGAAAA